AUGGGCACCAUGACGAACGCUCCCCCGAAGAAAAAGAAGCGUGAUGCUGCCGAGCAAAGCUGGGACAUCUUGUCGGCUCCACUCAGUGAUCCUAGCCGCUACCGAGUGGAUGCUGCCAACAAGAAGGACGUGUCUCGCCUCCUCGCUGUCGCUUUCAGCACAGGUGGUGUUCCGAGUAACUUUGCGGAGAACUAUCACUUCAAGUUGGCCAUGAAGACUUUGCAGGAGGUACUUGUGGGCUCUGCGCCAUGGAAGCCGCCUGGACGCAAGGAUCUCGCCAAGAUGCGGCCGCUGGAGUCUGCUGCAGCAGUCCAUGAAACGUCUGUUUGGAUGGCUUCCAUUCGACACCUGACUUUGGCAGUCGAUGGCCGCAAGAUGGCCGAGGGCAGGUUCAAGGAGUCGAUGCUGAACACUGCUGUGGCGCUCUCAGUUGCUGGCCUUGAAACGCAGUAUUGGCUGCUUGAAUCAUUAGUCCAGCCAGUGACUGUGUGA